AUGAAGCAGCACCCGAGCAGGGCGGACGAGGGCCACGAGUCCGAGGCGGAGGCCUCCGCGGUCGCGCUGCGGCAGCUGCGGCGGGAGCACAACCGGCAGGUGCAGGAGCUCCUGAGAAGGGCGCAGGUCCAGGAGUCGAGGAGCCGGCGCGGUGCCGAUCAGCAGCAGGGCGCGCACGGCCGGUCUGGCAGACGCCGCAGCUGCAGCGGCCCAGGGCGGCCCGCGCCCGAGGCGGACCUGGAGGAGGCGGAGGCCCAGCCUCGGCAGCGAGACGUCGCCGUGGGGCCCGACCACUCUGGGCCCGAGGGCCAGGCGCUUGCCAAGAGCCUGGCGAGCACCGCCCUCUCCAAGAGCCUCGCCAAGGCGGUCACCCACCGGGAGAACGCAGAGUUGCAGGAGCUCCGCGCCCUCAACCGCCAGCUCGCCGAGGCCGCGGCCCGAGGGCGCGCCGAGCUCGCGCGCGGCCGCGAGGAGCUCGCGCAGGCGCAGCAGGAGAGCGAGCUGCAGGCCCUUCGCAUCGACCGCCUCGGCGGGCAGCUCGCCCAGCUGGCCACUGUCAACGACGACCUGGAGGAGCAGCUGGAGGCACUGCAG